AUGGAAAGAAGUAGGGAUGACAUAAUUGUAUCCCGUCUUGUAGCAAUCUUGGUUGAGAAAUUAUCCUCACAAGCAUUAAGGGAUUUUGGAUUGGUAUGGUGUGUGGCAAGCGAGCUACAUACACUCUCAGAUGUUCUUGAGAAUAUUCAAGGAUUGCUCAAUUUUGCAAAGCAAGCUCAAACAAAGAAUCACUUGGUGAAACACUGCCUCAGAAAUCUUAGAGAUGUUGCUUACCGAGCUGAGGACAUAUUGGAUGAGUUCAUCUCUGAAGCUCGUAAGGAAAAAGAUGAAAGAUAUGUAGUUGGAAAAUUCAAAGAGGUACGUUUCUUUCACUUCAACUUAAAUAUAAAUGGGAUUUUACGAAAAGAAGAAAUCGUACCUCUUAUAAAUGAUGAACUCAUAAAGAAACUAGUGGAGAUUGAGAAGAAACUUGAAGUUCAGUAUUGCAGAUGGUCAAAAAUUUGUCGAACUCAUGGUGUAAAUGAUGAAAUAAUAGAUACUAGACCAAAGAGUGGUUCUAUUGUUGAUGAGUCUUUCAUUUUAGGGAGAAAGGAAGAUGUAAAUGAAAUAAAAAAGAAGUUGUUGUCACAUCCACAUGAAAAUCAAAAACAUGUUUCUUCUGUUAUUGCCAUUGUUGGAUUAGGAGGUUUGGGGAAGACAACCCUAGCCCAGCUUGUCUAUAAUGAUUCCGAUGUAGAGAAACAUUUUGAAAGAAGAGCUUGGGUUUGUGUUUCUACUAAUUUUAAUGCUGUGAGAUUGAUCUCUGCAAUUCUAGAGUCAUUGACUUGGAGAAAUCCCAACUUGAGCAACCUAGAACCACUUCAAUGUGAGUUGAGAGAUGAGAUAAGGGGGAAGCGAUUAUUAAUCGUCCUAGAUGAUGUUUGGACUGAAAAGGAUAAUGAUUGGGAAGCUCUUAGAGUUGCAUUCAUGGCGGCAGGGGAAGGAAGUAGAAUAAUAGUAACAACUCAAAGUAGAAAAGUUUCUUUAAUGAUGCACCCCAUGUAUACCCAUGAUCUACAGGUUUUAUCUGAUGAAGAGUGUUGGUUAAUAAUGGAAAGGCGCAUAUCUAUAGAUUGUGGCUUUGUUUCUCCCAGCCUGGAAGCAGUGGGUAGGAAUAUUGUGAGGAAGUGCAAAGGAUUGCCCUUGGCAGCAAGUAUGGUCGCAGGCCUUUUACGCUCUAGCUCAGAUUUAAACCAAUGGCAAUUAGUCUUGAAUAGUUGCAUUUGGGACUUAGAAGACAGCAAUUUGCCAGCUGCUCUAAGUUUAAGCUAUUAUUUUCUUCCCACACAUUUGAAGCAGUGUUUUGUUUAUUGCUCUGUUUUUCCUAAAGAUUAUAAAUUCGAUAAGCAACAUCUCAUACAAUUGUGGAUGGCUGAAAGAUUUGUUAGAUCGAACACAAGAAUGAAAGACAAAGGGGGUCAAUAUUUUGAUGAUUUGCUGCAUAGGUCUUUCUUUCAGCGUGAUAAUGAAAACAAGGAUAGAUUUGUAAUGCAUGACCUUGUACAUUGUUUAGCACAAACAGUGUCAGGAGAGGUUUAUGGUAGAUUUGAAUGUGAGAAAUCAUGUUGUAGCUCCAAAGAGACCCGUUAUUUGUCCAUGUGUUGUGUGAAAUACAUGUUUAAGGACAAAACUGAUCAUGAUCACAAGAGGUUACACACAUUGAUAAACCUAAAUCGGUGUUAUUGUUUGGGAAGGUAUAAUUUUCCUGAAUCUUUUGGGGGACUCAGAUAUUUACGUGUCUUACACUUGUAUGGUAUUUGGAUGCUUCCCAAUGAUAUUGGUAAUCUGAAAUACCUACACUAUAUUAACCUCUCUUAUGCUCGCAUUCAACAAUUACCUGAGUCAUUGUGUGAUCUUUACAACCUACAGUCACUGAUACUCCGUCAUUCUGGAAUUCGUGAAUUGCCUAGUGGCAUGAAGUACCUAUGCAGUCUCCAGCAUCUAGACAUUUCUUGGUGCCGUUACUUAUCAUCCAUGCCACAAGGAAUUGGGAGAUUAAGUAGUCUCAAGACAUUGUCAAAGUUUCCUGUAUCAAAAGAUGAUGGUUGUGGGAUAAGAGAGCUGAAGGAGCUGUGGCAGCUUGAGGGUGCCCUUUCGAUCUGCUCACUACAGAAUGUCAUUGAUCCUCUGGAUGCUAGGAAUGCUGAUUUGAUGAAUAAGCCAAAAAUUGAUGAGUUGGAGUUGAUGUGGGAUGGCAGUGGUGAUAGAGAUGUCAAAGUUCUUGCAGGUUUACAACCUCACAUUGAGCUGAAGAGUCUACAUAUCCACAAUUUCUAUGGUUUAACAUUUCCAAGAUGGUUGAUGAUAGACUUGCCAAGCUAUAACAAGCUAGUCUCUCUGACAUUCUCCUCCUGCUGGAAAUGCCAAGUCCUCCCACCAGUUGGGGAGCUACCCCUAUUGGAAUUUCGAUGCAUAAAACACAUGCUUGAGUUGGAGGAAUGGUCUAGUAGCUCUAGAGGGGAGGAAACUGAAUUCCCCAACCUCAGAAGGCUAACCAUUGAUAACUGUCACAAACUGAGGAUGCUACCACAGCCACUUCUAUCAAGUCCGAGACUAUGUGAAAUGAGUAUCAAUGACUGUCCAAAGCUCAGGUUGUUGCCACAUGAAGGACUAAGCAAACUCACCUCUCUCAAAGAUCUUUAUCUUGGGUAUGAGAUGGAAGGGUUGGUGCAGUAUUUGGAUGAAACUGAGACUCUACCUCCAAAUAUGAACCGCCUUUCAAUCUAUGAUUGUAAAUCACUACUCAAGGGGUUGAGAAACCUGUCUUCACUCAAACAUCUGGAAUUUGGUCCAUGUUGUAAAAUUAACUACAGCCCCAAGGAUCUCCCCACAAAUGUUAUUGUGACUAGAGAUUGGUGA